CUCACUCUCUCACUCCCUCACUCUCAACUCAAUUUAUUCACUAUGGCAAAGGACAAACGACCACGCGGACUAGGGCGCUCGGCAGGCAUUCCCGCCCCCUCCUCAGUGACCGCUAAACCUGGCAGCACAGCUCGUUUCAACCCCUUGGGUAACAAGGAUGACAGCAGUAACAGCAAGGCCAGCUCCAGCAAAUCUAGCUCAGAAGCCCAGGACAAGGACGAGACUAUGACUGACGCACAGACCUCAGAACCAGCAGAUGAUGGAUCAUCAACGGCCGAGACUGCCAGCCUGGCGCUCAAAGAAGGCGAAGCUGGCGACGAACUCGCAGAAUUGCGUCAGACCUAUGAAGCCGCCCAGAAGCAGUUCGCCGAAUCCGGCACACAGGAGUAUUUGCGCGGAACGAUCCAUGAGUGCGACCGGAUGCUUCGCAACUGUGGCGAGGAAGUUUACCCGUCCAGCGAAUUCAAUUAUAUUUAUGCAUCAGCACUGCAUGAUUUCUCGUUGAUUGGUGCGGAACCAGAGGAGGUGAAUGGAUUCAUAGACCUGGCGCUCGAGUACGUCAGCGCGGCGGCGGAUCUGAUGGAUCAGGAGAAGGAUAAGGAGUGGCUCUGGAAGUAUUAUCUGGUCGCCGGGAAAGUGAACCUGCAGAAGGUCGACACGCUUUAUGAAGAACAGGAGGCAGCAUCGUCCAAGAAGCAAUUUCAGAAACUCGGAAACCAGAUCCAUACAACCCUCACACAGGCGACAAAUCUACUCGACAAAGGGUUCAAACUGAUUCCGGAGGGCGAAGAAAAACAUGUUGUCAGACUGAACGCCAAGUCGAUCGAGAAGGUCGGGGCCAAGGAGCACGAAAUGGUCACGGCGGCUGCGAACGUAGCCCUGCAUGCGGAUCGGUUUGAAGAGUAUGACCGACGCAAGCAGUGGAACAUGUGGGCAUUAGAGAGCUAUCGUAAAGUCACUGAAGAUACCCCAGAGAAUGUAGAGGCAUGGCAAGGAAUUGCAACGUGUAUGCACUCGAUUGUUGGAUGGUGGGCCGACCAGGCAGACGAGGAAGAGGACGAGGAGGAAGAGGACGAUGAGGACGAAGAGGAGCCAGAGGAUGAGUAUGCUCUCCCUGUAUACUCUACAGAGCGCGGCCAGAUGUCAUUACAAGCUGUAGAGGCGAUCAAGAAAGCAAUUGAAAUGGCACGCAAAUCGGAUGCUCUCACAAGCGACCUCUUGACACUGGGCGCAGAAUGCCACCUCAACUUGGUCAACGUUGCAGUCGGCGACAAGGCAGCGGCCGAGCACUCCAAGCAAGCAGUGGCCCUGAUCAAGGAGGCGAUGUCCAUGUUCCCGGACCCUGCCCUGGAGGAGCGAUAUGCGGAGGUUCUGCAGGAGUUUGAGGAGAUCGCCGGUAGCAAUUGAUCCUUUGGAAUGGGUCAGCACAGAGGUAGCACCAUAAGAUAUGCAUUCUUGCCAAUCGGCAUAUAAACAG